GUAGCUAAAUUUGUUUGUUCUGAUCGUGUUCUAUUUUCGAUAAAUAUUUUUGUUUUGAAUCCUUUGAAGGAUUUUAGUGAAAUCUUAUGUACUAAAAACUUCGAGUACUAAAAGUGUUUAAAUAUGUCGACAACAUUAAAUACCACAGUGCAUUCGAUUACUAGUUCCACUGCUAGAAUUCUGAAUGUAACAGAAACCACAAAGAGUUCUUUAAAUUUAACCACAACCAUAAAGCCACCACUAAUUAAUUCCACUAACACCAGUACCACGGUAAUAUGGCAAACCAGUUCCACUACUGAAGAUUCUGGUUACUACUACGAUUAUGGUUGGUAUUAUUUUUCAUGGACUGGGUUCCUAUACUUUUGGCUGGUGCUAAUGUUGUUGCUUAUAUUGGCUUCCGGUUUAGCUAAGUUAGCAGCAAUUCGUCGUUUAAAACUACAACAACAAAUAGCACGUCAACGGGCUUGUAACAAUAAUAAUGCAAAUAACAACAACCAAUCAGGAGGAAACGUAGUCAUUGAACUUCCCCAACAACCGAAAAAUGAUUUGCCACCAGCUUACAAUGAGGUCAUGCAAACGUAUUUAAAUGAGAAACAGCGUCUAGAAAUGGAGAGCCAGCAAGGUGCUGUGGGUGGUAUGCCCACUGUAAACUCUACUGCUACAAUAGAGACCGUUAUUAGUACCAAUAAUAGCGCCGUAGAUUUAACGACAACAACGGUGGUAAUGAGCAAUCCACCACCUUAUCAGAGUAGUAUAUAAUUUUGUUAAUACAUAAUUAUAACCUUAAAAACAUUCUACUUAUGUAUAAAGAAUAUUCAUACUUUCCUUAUAUAUAUAUAAUUCCUUAGAUAAAAAUUAUUAACAAAAUAUUGUAUAUAUUUGCACUAAUAAAUUUUAUAAUAAUCUCACUUU